GCUAACCCGAGCGGGUCAUGGCAAUUCAACGCUUGUUAUUGUGACUACAGAGAUGUAUCAGUUUUUAUAAAACUUGACACUACGUUGUAUCUCAUCUGCGUGGCUCAGCAACAUGUCUGUCUUACAUUCCGACGGUGGAGGAUUCUUCAUAGCGCCAGGUUUGGGUUAUAACAUGGAAUGGGACGAAGAGGACAGUGUGGAUCACCAGCUACUCAUUUUACAAAAAGCCGAUGCGCUGGCAUCGGAAAACCAUCUUAAAGAAGCCCUUGAUUUGUUUUCAGCGGCGAUAAGGUAUGGGCCGGUGAAACCGGAACAGCUGAGCACUUUAGUGGACUGCAUUCUACGGAAAUUCAAGGCGACUCAUGCUUCAAACCCGACGGACAACAACAACACACAUUCAAAGAAAGAUAGCAGCGCGGAUCAAAACCCCAGUGAUAUUUUUUGUUGUCCGGGCUGCCACAGACUCCUUAAUGAACCUUUAACUGUUAGUUGUGGACACACUUAUUGCAAAAGGUGUUUGCAAGGAGACUUGUUCUCCAAAUGCAAGCUUUGUAGUAAUGACAUGGCUGGGCGCGCCGAAAUGCCGUUACUUAGACCAAACGUCAUCCUCUCCAAUGUUUUGGAAAAGUGUUAUCCAAGUGAGACUAAAAUAUUUAAAGUCAUUUCGAAAGUUGAAGAUCUGUCAAGAAAACGACUCUUUGAAGAAGGGUUGGCUUUGUCCAAUAGCAUAAUUGAGUCAGAUCCGGGGGAUGCCCUGGCAAGAAUGUGCAGGGCGGAGGUGUAUGCAGGACUCAAGCAGUACAAGUCUGCUCUCAAGGAUCUUGAAGAGCUGUGUGCGGCCUUGCCUGACUGGCCAGAGGUGUAUUAUCGGAAAGGCAAAAUACUUCAAGAGAUGAACUGCAGCAAUGACUCUCUGCAAGUGUUCCUCCAAUGUCUGGCCUUAGAUGAGGACUUCAUGCCUGCCAAACAGGAAGUGGAGAAGAUUGUGUACGAUUUGGUGUCACCUGUCUGUGAGAAUGUCAAAGCGGGUCUCCAGGAGACUGCAUUGAGCUCAUCCCCAUACAUGCGCAGCAAAGGGCUGGUCAGUGAAGCCCAGGGCCAGGCCCCACCUGACACGCACACAUACCACAAAGAGGAAUGUGAUGUGCUGAGCCAGUUGGAGAAUGUAGAGCAUUCAGGUCUCAGCCGGGCUUUCUCCCUGCGAGUCCACGGUCGCCUGGGUGGGUCUGUGCCUGAAGAGGGCCUGAAGAGGGUGUCCUCCGCACCCCAGCUGGGGGACCAGGACAAGGGGGUCAUGCUGAAGAGGAAGCUGUCCGUAUGCGAGGCAGGACCCUCUGUCAUCAAUAGCGGUGGGAACAAGCACAAAAAACAAGUCGAUGUGAUGGUAGCAGGAAACUGCACCCCUGUCCCCUGCAGAGAAGUUCCUGCUGAAUUAUUGGAGGCAAGCGAUCUUGAGUGCCCUCUUUGUAUGAGAUUAUUCUAUCAGCCUGUGACCACACCCUGCGGGCACACCUUCUGCAAGAGCUGCCUGGAACGCUGUCUGGAUCACAUGUCCCAGUGUCCUCUCUGCAAAGAAAGUCUCAAAGAGUACCUAGCAUCUAGGCAGUACAGUAUUACAGAGGUUCUGGAUGGACUAAUUAAAAAUUACUUGCCUGAAGAGCAUUUAGAGAGAUACAAAACUCACACUGAGGAAACAGAAGAGCUCUCUGACCUGACGAAGAAUGUCCCGAUGUUUGUUUGCACCAUGGCAUACCCCACUGUGCCUUGCCCCCUGCACGUCUUUGAACCAAGAUAUCGGCUGAUGAUCAGAAGGUGCAUGGAGACUGGCACCAAGCGAUUCGGGAUGUGCAUCCACGACGCGCAGAAAGGGUUUGCAGACUAUGGCUGCAUGCUCCAGAUCAGAAGCGUGCACUUCCUGCCCGACGGCCGAUCAGUGGUGGACACUAUUGGCUGGAAGCGGUUCCAGGUGCUGAGUCGAGGAAUGAAAGACGGAUACAACACUGCAGACAUUGAAUACCUGGAAGAUGUAAAGGUAAACAACGUAAAAGGAUUGUUGAAACUCCAAGAGCUUCACGAUCAAGUAUACGAACAGGCCUGCAGCUGGUUCCAGAGCCUGAAGAACCACUUCAGAGGACAGAUCCUGCAGCACUUUGGUCCCAUGCCAGAGCAAGAGACAGACCUUCAGGUUACUCCCAACGGGCCAGCUUGGUGCUGGUGGCUCUUGGCGGUCCUGCCUGUAGAUCCCAGGUAUCAGCUGUCUGUGCUCUCCAUGAUGUCCCUGAAGGAACGGCUGGUGAAGAUUCAGCAAAUCCUCACCUACCUGCAAAGCAUCCCCAAUGAGUAGCUCUUCCAGUCGUCUCACCUUUUGUGCGGUCCGUAUCCAGUGCUCUUUUACUGCCUUCUCACAGAAGAAAAUUCGCCUUUUUCACUUAAUUUGUGGUGCUCAUCUCAUAUGAGCGUCAUAAGCAAUGAUAGCUUUGGCCUAAAUGCAGAUAAUUCACAGCAGUUUUUUUUUUUUUUUUGGAAUGGCAUGUGGGUUUGUGUGUUGAGGGGAAUAUCAUAAGCAAUUUCUGUGAAAUUUUGAAUGUGGAAUGAAAUGUGUGGAAAGCUGUACAGGGGAUGUAGAUGUUCUUCUUUACAUGUACAGGGUGUCACAAAAGGGUUUAGGUUCACACCCUGAAUGGCACCUGAAAGUGCAUGUAGGGGAAAGUAUGUGUCCACCUUCAACUGUGUCAGCUGUGCAUUCUGUCUCCCAUGUUGUACUAUCAAAUUCAUGUGGAAAGAGAUGGCAUUUUUGGUGGGUUUGGUUCCAGUAGUUCACCUUCAGUCUGAAGAAAUAGGACUUCCAACUGUGCUCUGAAUUGAUUUUGAAUUUAAUUUAAUCCUGACC